UAGCUGCGCGCGGCUGCGGGAGGGAGGGAGCGCCCGAGGGGUGCCCCGCCGCCUGAGAGUCGCGAGAAAGCGGCUGGCCUCCGCUGUGCCCGGAGAAUGUGUGUGUGUCCCGGGCCCAGACGAAUUGAGCUAGGAUUUGCAUCUGGAGACCAGUGUCAUGUUUUCCAACACUUGAGCACAUCUCCUGGCUCAGUCCCGUAACCUUUGGAUGACUUUCAGCUUUUCCUGGCCAAAUCUCUGUACAGUUUGUGCUGCACAAAGAAAUACAGAGAAAAGAAUCCCAGUCAGAAGUUCCAGCCUGCCACUGUUCUCCGAUGCCAUGCCAGCACCGACUCAACUGUUCUUUCCGCUGGUCCGUAACUGUGAAGUGAGCAGAAUCUAUGGCACUGCAUGUUACUGCCAUCACAAACAUCUCUGCUGUUCAUCACCCUACCUUUCCCAGAAUCGUCUGAGAUACACGCCCCAUCCAGCAUAUGCUACCUUUUGUAGGCCAAAAGAGAGCUGGUGGCAAUAUACCCAAGGGAGGAGAUACGCUUCCACACCACAGAAAUUUUACCUCACACCUCCCCAAGUCAACAGUAUCCUUAAAGCUAAUGAAUACAGUUUCAAAGUACCAGAAUUUGAUGGCAAAAAUGUCAGUUCCAUCCUUGGGUUUGACAGCAAUCAGCUGCCUGCAAAUGCACCCAUUGAGGACCGGAGAAGUGCGGCAACCUGCUUGCAGACCAGAGGGAUGCUUUUGGGGGUUUUUGAUGGCCAUGCAGGGUGUGCUUGUUCCCAGGCAGUCAGUGAAAGACUCUUCUAUUACAUUGCUGUCUCUUUGUUACCCCAUGAGACUUUGCUAGAGAUUGAAAAUGCAGUGGAGAGUGGUCGGGCACUACUGCCCAUCCUCCAGUGGCACAAGCACCCCAACGAUUACUUCAGUAAGGAGGCAUCAAAAUUGUACUUCAACAGCUUGAGGACUUACUGGCAAGAGCUUAUAGACCUCAACACUGGUGAGUCAGCUGAUAUUGAUGUGAAGGAGGCUUUAAUAAAUGCUUUCAAGAGACUUGAUAAUGACAUCUCUUUGGAGGCUCAAGUUGGUGAUCCUAAUUCUUUCCUCAAUUACCUGGUGCUUCGGGUGGCAUUUUCUGGGGCCACUGCUUGUGUGGCCCAUGUGGAUGGUGUAGACCUUCACGUGGCCAAUACUGGGGAUAGCAGAGCCAUGCUGGGUGUGCAGGAAGAGGACGGCUCUUGGUCAGCAGUCACGCUCUCUAAUGACCACAAUGCUCAGAAUGAAAGAGAAGUGGAACGGCUGAAAUUGGAACACCCGAAGAAUGAGGCCAAGAGUGUGGUGAAACAGGAUCGGCUCCUUGGCUUGCUGAUGCCUUUUAGGGCUUUUGGAGAUGUAAAGUUCAAAUGGAGCAUUGACCUUCAAAAGAGAGUGAUAGAAUCUGGCCCAGACCAGUUGAACGACAAUGAAUAUACUAAGUUUAUCCCUCCUAAUUACCACACACCUCCUUAUCUCACUGCUGAGCCAGAGGUAACUUAUCACCGAUUAAGGCCCCAGGAUAAAUUUUUGGUGUUGGCUACAGAUGGGUUAUGGGAGACCAUGCAUAGGCAUGAUGUGGUUAAGAUUGUGGGUGAGUACUUAACUGGUAUGCAUCACCAACAACCAAUAGCUGUUGGUGGCUACAAGGUGACUCUGGGACAGAUGCAUGGUCUUUUAACAGAAAGGAGAGCCAAGAUGUCCUCAGUAUUUGAGGAUCAGAAUGCAGCGACCCAUCUCAUUCGCCAUGCUGUAGGCAACAACGAGUUUGGGACUGUUGAUCAUGAACGCCUGUCCAAAAUGCUUAGUCUUCCUGAAGAACUUGCUCGGAUGUACAGAGAUGACAUUACAAUCAUUGUGGUUCAGUUCAACUCUCAUGUUGUAGGGGCAUAUCAAAAUCAGGAAUAGUGAGUGUUUCUUACCUGGCAGUUCUCAAAUGAAAGGGCAGAAUUUUUAAAAGAUGCUAGCAUAAUAAACAUUUCUAGUGAGUCAUUCUAAACAUUUACCCAUUUAAUACUGUAGGUAGUUCAUACUGACUUUGCAGCAGAGUGAUGAGAUCCUGAGUGUCUGGUUCUGCCUAGUUUGGACUCACAGCACCUACACUUGAGGCAAGUCAGCUUCUUAUUGCAGGUGUCAAGGCAUUGACACUUCUUUUUACCAUCUGAAAAAAUCAGGACUCUGGCAAAUAUAAUCUUGAAUAGGCCAAAAGCCAGGAUCUUCCCAUGUGUAUUUUCUUGUUAAAAUAUUACUAUUCACACCUGAAGAUCCCUUUCUUCACUAAGAUUCUAAUGUACAUGAGAACAUUCAUUUAUUGCAUGACUUUCUGAAUAUAUAAUCUAUGCACUAUUUACGUAAGUUUAUUUUAGCCUGUGAUUUUCAGAUCUAAUACUUUAAGCCAUAAAUGACCAUGAACCAAGCAAUCUGAAUUUGUGUUUUUUUUAUUAUGUGACAAUGCUUCUUAGAUGGAAUAAUACACUAUACCCAUUCCCCUAUACUCUGAUUUUCUUAAUGGAUUGAAAUACUUCAUUUUUCCACACACUGAGAGCGUAAAGCUUUUUAGUUAUGUCUACUCUUACGUUGCUGUUAACCAAAGGAGAAAUAUUUUUUUUAUCUUGUUUUAGUGAAAAACUCAAUUUGGUGUGAAAUAAUGAUACCCAGAAUAAAAAGAAGAAACUGAUUUAUUCAGUAAUUGUCAUCUGGUACAUUGCUCUUACGUAAUCCUCAAAGAUUAGGCGUGCUGUACGUGUAUAGUGGGCAGACUGCUGCUGAGAAAUCAUAUUUCUUAGUACUGGUAAGAAUUUUUAUCGGUUAGAAUUUUAAGAAUGACAUGAUUAAGUUCAAAUAUUUGAGGUAGUUACCAAGGCUUACUGUUACCAUUUGAUAGUGAGAUGGGAGGAAAUGUGUGAUUUUUCCCUACUUAGACAUAAGUCCAUUAAAAUAUUUGCUUUAAAAUCCCUAAAGGCUUUAAACAUAAUGUUGCUUAAGAUGUAUGUGUUAGAUAUAUACAUGAGAAAUAUAAAAGGUAACUAUUGUGCAUGCCUGAUGUAAUAGAACACUUACUAGCAUCAAGUGUUGUUUGCAGCAGUCUCCAUAAUUACAUGCAGUCCCUUCUAGUAUUGUAUCAAAGUAGAUGAAAAUAAAUACACUCAAAUUGACUUUUUGGGAGUUUACUUAAUAUGCAUUAAAUGACAUUUUCCUGUGUUUAAUGGUGUUUUGUGUACUGCUGUGCAUAUAUUUUCAUCACUUACCCCUGUUUAAAAAGACUGUAUUUGAAAUUCACAUAAUGUUUAAUACAAAACAUGAUCAGCUUUUUCUUAUAUAAUUAAUUGAGUAUUGAAGAGUCUUUUCAGAAUUCUGCAGGAUACAAACUAGAUGUUACAGGAUACUGUGGGCCAUGCAUAUUAAAUCAAUGGGUGCAAAAUUUGUUCCAAUUGAAAAUUGACUUAGGAAUUACAGCUCAGAUUAUAUCUUAUGCUGUUUGUUUUCUGAGAUAUUUUUGUACGUUAAGUCAGUUUGGACCUGUUUUUUAGGCAGUAUUUUGGAAUGGGAAAAGCUGUACUAUGUAUUUAUUCCUAAAUGUUUUGACGCAGACUGUCUUUUAAUGAAAUAGUGAUUGUGGUAGCAAAACCCAUCUUUAGCUAAUGUUUGAAUUGCUUUUGAACAUCGCCACUGGAGAGUUCCAUAUUAUAUACAAAUAUAGUUGCAUACUGAAUAUAUUCCAUAUAAUAUAGGAAAUACAAGUUUGGCAUCCUGUGACCAUGAUAAAGAUAAUUGUUAUCGUACAAGAAGUUUGGCCUACAAGCCUCCAAAAAGUUGGGAAGCUGGUCUACUUUGUGUAGAAGUGAAAAUGAAAUGUGGAGUUGACAUUGUGGAAAUGAAAUUAAUUGGGUGUUAGAAUCUGAAUGUAUUCAUCUAAAAGUAGUUGUAUUUUAAUAGUAAUUGGUUGCCACAUUGAUGUGAUUUAGAAUUAAUGUCAAUCCAUGUAAACUUUCAUGGUAUCUAGCUUAUUAAAAUUAUGUUUUAUUUAAACUUUCUAACAUCUGUAUUCAAUUUCUGUAUUUAUAUUUGAUGAUUCACGAUAUAUUUAAUGUACCCUAGUUAAAAGAAAUGUUAGUAUUGUAUCCAGUACCUCAUAGGAACACUGUCUUACAAAAGGUGAAUCUGUGGGAAAACACAUGAAACAGUUUAUAUCUAAUAUAAAAAAUGGUCAGAAAAAUGGCCACGAUUAAUUAAAGCUUUAUAUCUGCUUUCUGAA